CAAAACUAACAAGUCAAAUAUUCUUGACAAGCAAAUAACUUUCCUUGAAAUACACAAUCGAAAAAACAUAAUUAUGUUCACCAUGCAAUGUAAAGGCAUUCUACCGAAUGUGAAUAUAUCUAUGAUGAAUUAUUUAGAAACUGAAAUAACCAGUUCGAAACUUGAUUCUAAACCAGAGGAUGUAGAAGAGAAAAACAGCCUUGAAGAGACCACCUACGCUGACUCGGAAUUUUCUUCGGAUGAAGAAGAACCAGCUUUAUUUGAAAAUCGUGUUCUAUGCGGUUAUUGGGGUGUAAAUAGAUUCGAGAAACAUGCGUGGGCCGAUAGUAAAAGACCCUUCACAAGAAUCUCACGUUAUAGAGACAUUAGGGAUUUUACAGAGGAAGAAAGGCAAGGAAACCUGUCGAAAAGAAUCAUUUCUACUUCUCUAUCCUAUAUAGAAAAGUCACCAUACGACUUAAAAUACGCAUUCUGCAAAUGUAAAUUAGAAGGCAAGGGUUUAAUCGAUAUUUCAGCCUUAAGACCAUAUCACUAUAUUCAGUAUUUGAAUAUUUCUCAUAAUUGUUUAACAAGCUUAAACGCUUUGAGUGAAAUGCCUUACUUACAAUAUUUGGAUGCAUCUUUCAACAGUAUAGAGAAUGCAUUCGAUUUUACACCACCAUUAUAUUUGACUACAGUAAAUUAUACUGGUAAUAACAUUGUAACUAUCCCUAAUUUGACAAAUUUUUGGUCAAUCGUACAUCUUAAUAUGUCUAAUAAUAAUAUACAUGAAAUUAGAGGAUUGGACGGUCUAAAAUAUUUAAUAUAUUUGGACCUGUCCAAAAAUAAAAUAAGGAUGCUGGAAAAUUUGAAUAAUUCGAAUAUGGAUACUUUAUUAAUCAAAAAUAACAACAUAUGUUUGUAUCGUGCCGAAGCAUUUCAUAAGUUAGAAAGAUUACGUACAGUAGAUUUAUCUUUUAAUAAACUGACGUCUCUACAAUUUUUACGUCAAAAUUACAUGCUUGAAAAUGUUAUUAUGACCAACAAUGAAAUUUCACAAUUUUUAGAACUGUUCUAUUUGAAGGACUUACGAUACCUGAAAAGUUUAAACCUAAUAGAUAAUCCAAUAGCAUCAAUGUCUCAUUACAAAUCCAUGUGUCUUAGAACUUUCAAAAAGCUGCAGUAUUUGAACGAAGGAAAAGUUACAGCUGAGGAUAGAGUUAAUGCGUCCACAAUGCAAGAUAUUAGUCUUCUUUAUCCACCUCAUGUAAAGAGAUCUCAACUUUUACUUCUAGAACAACUCAAAAGACCUAACACCGGCGCCCACGUGUGCCCUUUUGACCAACCUCAUCCAAAUGUGAUAAUUAUUAUAGGCCCGCCAGGUUCCGGAAAACGAGACGUAGUUAUGAAUUUUGUAGCUGAAAGCAGUUUACUCCAAUUGGGGGUCAGCUAUACGACGAAACCCAAACGGAAAGAUGAAAAAUUUGGCAUAGACUAUUACUUUGUGGAUAAUUUAAAAUUCAUAGACAUGCUAAAAAAAGCAGAGUUUCUUUCGAUUUCAGAAUUUAAUGGAUACCUUUACGGUAUAACUCAUCAAGAACUUACGAAAGGCAGAAAUUCGAUUUUGGUGUUUUUCUCUGAUUUGGAAACCGCACUUGUGUUAAAGAUGGCCGGUAUAAAUCCAGAAAUUGUUUUAGCGCUACCCAGAGAUGAACAACUACAUUUGCAAUGGGUCAGAGAUAAAUAUUCUUUCGAUCAAUCUCAAGAACUUUAUAGCAACAUGAACGAUGGAAUGUUUACCUCUACACAUCCAGUAGCUAGAAUUUAUCAAGUUGAUAAAGAUAAUGAAGGUGAAGACAGCGAUUUUUCAAAUGAUUCAUCUUUUAUAAUCGAUGAAUCAGAUUCUCUCGAGGAAUCAGAGACUAGUAAAUAUUCACAAAUUAGUAAUUACAAUGAUGAACUUGAUGAUCCAUCAAAGUUUAUUUUUAAACCAUCACAUUCACAGACUUCGCUAAAAUCGUGUCCGUUAGAUACGGGGUCGCAGAGACUUUCAACUUCGAAGGUAGCUUCCGUAAAAUUGCAAAUUGAACCGAUAGAGGUAGAAUACACGAAAAAAUUAAUAUACGAAAAAAGUUUGGACGAAAAUGGAAAAGAAUCGAAAUCAUUGGAAUUAAAAAAAAAUCUAACAGAUGAUUCGAGAUACAAAAAUUUUUAUGAUACUGGAGGAUCGUUGAAGAAGUAUACAAAAAGCGAUUACGAAAACACUGAAUAUUGUUCCAAUGCCGGUUUUAUGCCAGAAAUUGAAUCAAAAAAUGAUAACAAUCAAUCGAUAAUGAAACAUGGAACUAAAACCGUUUGUAAAGAUAAAUUUGGAAAACGAGUGUCUUUCAACUGGUUGAACCAGCCCGAUGGAAAGAUUUCCAAUCACUCAUUUCAAAGAGGUCACUUAAGAAGCGUCAGCAAUACACAUAUUUUUACAAACCUUGAAGCUCGGUUUGAUGAGAUUCCUUUAUUGAGUGCUUUAAGUUCUACUAAAAUGGAAGUGCUCGAUAAAAGCAGAUCUUCAAAAACAGUUUAUACUUCGCUCUCAGAGAGAUAUGAUACAUUCAAAAAUGAAAAAUUAUCUUCGUUUUUCAAGUACGUUAUAAAUCUUAGGAAAAAACUUUUAGAAUUACAUUAUCAAAAUCCUGGAUUGUUUCAUUGUGUGAUAUUCACAGACAGUCCGGAUGAGUGCAUAUCAACUUUAAAAGAUAUUGCCAAGGUUUUAACAGAAAACAUGCACAUCGUCAAGAAAUGGCAAAAUGGGCCCGAUUCAUUUGAAAACCAUCCUCGUUAUCAGCCGAUAGUGAAAAACAGAGUACAAAAAAUGAAUUUGCAUCAAAAUCCGUUCACAACGAUAUAUGACGAGGUACAAAUUGAUUGAAGAACUUAAUUUAUAAAACUAAUCCAACUAAAUCGACAUAUUUGUGUAAAAUAAACGAAAAAAAUAAAUUCUUUAAAUUCCCUCGUAACUAUCAACUUGAACAUAAUAAUACUACAUGUGUAUGACGCAGAUAAUAAACAUUUCCUCUGUUUAUAA